CUCCGCGUUUCAUCUCCGUCAGAACAGCACCAUGAAUGACCAGACUCUCCCUCCCUUUCUUAGGGUCAAUCCUUCACCAGUACCUCCCCCUUCCCAUGCCCGUUUACAAGCUCUCUACGCAUCAACAUCCGCACAGCGAACGGCCAAUCCCACCGGUUACGCCGCCAACGCGCAAUGGUGGGCAGGUGUGCUUGAAGAGACACUUAGGACUGGCUGGCUGAACGGUGAAGGGGGGGAUAGAUUAGUGCUCAAAGUUGACAACGGGGUUCUGGGGAGACUGGAAGAUGAGAAAGGAUCUAGACCCAGAGGACUAGGUGGUGUAGUCGAAACGCUUGCAACGACCACUCCACCAACAUUACAUGCUCUAACUCAUUUCAUGACGUCUGCGACUCCCCUCCAUGUUCCGGCAUCACUUACAUCUCGCUUCGUUGGACGACCGCUGUGGUGGGCAUUUUCCCAGUUGAACCCGUUUGGUGGCAGUGAAAAGGUGGUGAAAGAAGAAGCGCUCUGGGCCAAGUACGGACAAGGCAAGGAAUAUGUCCAUAUGCCACUUCUUGAACAAUCGGCAGCGGCUUUCACCGCUCACAUGCUCAAGAGCCCAAUCUUGUCAUACACCUCCUCCCUUUACGAUUUGGAUACUUUCUUGGCCGAGUAUGGAGAAGCGUGCUUCCCCACCGGACCUACUGCGAAGGAGCUUCCGAAAGGAAAGCAUGGGCUAAGCAAGCGGGAUGCUGAAGUUUUAGUCAAAUGGUUGUCAAGAGACUGUCAGUUGGUCGUUACGGAUGGAUCGGUUAUCAAGGUCCUCGACGCCGAUCAGAUAGCAGAAAACCAUCCUAUCUCUGAAGCAGACCGUGGUGCGGUUUCUGUUCUUAAUGCAUUGCGCAGAGUCGAGAAGCAGAUUGUAGGCAUUGAGGAGCAGAUUUCCCAAUCCCAUGAAAAAGCCAAGAAAUACCUCGCGUCUAAGCAAAAAAAUAUUGCAUUGUCUUAUCUGAGAUCCAAAAAACAUCUUGAAGACCUCUUGGCUAAACGCGUGGCAUCCUCUGAACAACUUCGUGCUGUAAUUCGUAGCAUUGACCAGGCCAAGGGUGAUGUCGAGAUCAUGGCGGCAUACGAGACUUCUACUUCUACUCUUACUCAAGUCCUUGCUCAUCCCUUGUUGUCUCCCGAGCGAAUUGCUGCAACCACCGAUGCCCUCGCAGAAGCUAUGGCUGACCAAGAAGAGAUUGAUCAGGCUGUCAGGAUCGGCGGGGAAGUCGCUAUGGGUGGCAAGCGAGUGGAAAUUGAUGAAGACGAGCUGGCAAAGGAGCUCGAGGCGUUGGUGGAAGAGGAGAAGGAGGCAGAGCAGGAGAAGACAGAAAAGAAGACUCCUGUCGAGGCCGAGAAAAAGCCCGAUAUGACGACAGAGCUUCCCAGAACUCCGCUUAGCGCUCCAGCUUCUGGGAAGGAGGAGAAGGAAGAAGGACCAGUUGCAGACGAGGAACGUCUUUGGCAACAGAGAUACGAGGAGGCUCAAGCGCGAAAGCAAGCCGAGAAGGAACGAUUUGAGACUGAGCGUUUGAGGAAAGAGGAGAAAAUCGUCGCGGAGUAGGCCUAUUACCGUAUAAUAAUACACAUCGUUUAGCGUUUCCUAUGAUAGAUCUCCGCGUGUUGUAC